AUGAACUUGAGUAGUAAUUUUUUGUCUAAAAUAAAGAAAAAGAAAAAAAAAAGAGAAAAUCAAUUGUUAAAUGAAGAAUUAAAUAAAAUUGAAGAAAAAUGGUUAAAAGGAGAUGAUAAAAAAAAUAAAGGAAUCAUAAGUUCAGCGAAAAGAGAAGAAAUUUUAGAGUUUAUACAAAAACAAGAUGAAUUUAAAAAUAUUAAGAAAAUUUCCAUUGAUCAAAAAGAAGAAGAGACGACAAAUAAAUCAUCAAGAAUUAUUAAGAAUGAUAAUGACUUAUUAAAAGAACUACAAAAACAAAUUGAAGAAAAAAAAUUGAGACAAGAAAAACUAAAUGAAGAAAAUAUCAAAAGAGAAGAAAUUGAAACGACAUAUUUGUCAGAAAUUGAAAAGAAACAAAAAGAAUUAGAAAAAAAUAUUAUUCUAAAAAAUAAAGAGAGUGCAUUAAUAAUAAAAAAUCAAAUUCACGAAAAUUAUCUAAAAAAACAAGAAGAAGAAAGAUUAAAAAUCAUAGAAGGAAAACGAAUGCAAAAACAAUUUGAAAAAAGUAAAAUUGAAGAAUUAGAAAAAAGACAAGAAAAAAUUAUGGAACAAAAAGUACUUUACAAUUAUAUAUUAGAGAGCAAUAGAAAACACAUUGAAUCUUCAAAUGAAAAAAAAAAAGAGGAGAAAAAAAAAGAUGAAGAAUAUGUAAGAUAUCUGGAAGAAAAAGAACAACGAGAGAAAGAAUAUGAAGAAAAAAUAAAAAAGGAAAAGGAAGAAAAAGAAAAAGAAAUCCAUGAAAUACGAAUGAAACAAAAAAAAAAUGUUGAACUGCUAGCUCAUUUUGAUGAUAUUCAAGCAAUGAAAUGGCAAAAAGAAAAAAAAAUUAAAGAUGAACAAAAAAGAGUUUUAGAAGAAGAAGAAAAAAAAAAAAAGAUAGAUGAAUUAAAUAAUGCAAGAUUAAUUGCGCUGAUGGAAAAGAAGAAAAAAAAAUUAGAGCAACUAGAAGAAGAUAAAAAAGAGGCCGAAAACUUGAAAAAUAUAUACGAUCUUUAUGUAUUUAUAUUUGAAAAAAAAUAA